GCCGCAGCCCGGCGGCCGCCACCGAGCCAUGGCGAGCGCGGCGGUACCCGCGCAGCCCCCUGAGCCGGAGGCUCCGGAGGAGCAGGGCCCGGCUGCGGCCGGGGAUACAGAGCGCACGGAAGUGUCAAGCGGGGCCGGGGCGGCGGCGGUGCUGGGGGAGACGGGGCUGGCCGUGAGCUGCUGCAUCGCGGCGGCGCUGAGCUGGGAGCGGCCCCUCCGCAGCCUGGGCGGCUUCGUCUGCGCCAACCUGCUCUUCUGCAUGAUGUGUGAUGAUGAGGAGGAGCCUCGGAGCGAAGCUGAGCAGGGCGGCUGCAGCACACGCCGCCGGGAACUUGCAUUUCCCGCAGCCGAGAUAAGCCGUGGGCCCGCAUUUCUCUGCAGAGUUUUGAAACCUCCUGGAAUCAGGCCCCGAGCCCAUAGGUUUCUUGCACUGACCUCUUGGAGAGUCUAUCAUCUAACUUCUCUCAUAAUACUUGGAGUGCUAAUUCUUCAGAUCAUGAAGGAUUUGAUAUUCUCAAGGAUAAAAGGUGCAAAGCUUUGGAGGACCAUCACUGGCAACUGGAAAGUCAUCGAUUCCAGGCAAGACUACAGACCCAGAAUAAAUCAGUGCAUUUCAGAAACACUGAUGAAUUUAUUUGUAUUUCUUCAAGAAAUGUCCCACUUCAAGGAACAAAACCCUGGCAAGUUUUGCCUACUAGUCUGCAGCAUAUGUACAUUUUUCACUGUCUUGGGAAGUUACAUUCCUGGAGUUGUCCUCUCCUAUGUCUUGUUAUUGUGUGCCUUUUUGUGUCCCUUCCUUAAGUGCAAUGAAUUUGGACAGAAAGUGUACAGCAAAAUUAAGGCUGUUCUGAUGAAACUAGAUUUUGGAAUAGUGGAAUAUAUCAACCAGAAGAAAAAAGAGAGAUUUGAAACAGCAAAAACAAAACCCACAGAAGAUGACAGUGAAUUAGACAUAUCAGCUCUGUGUCCUAAGGUUAGUCCUGCAGUCGUUGCCAAAGAGCUGUCAGUGUCUGACACAGACGUAUCGGAAGUAUCUUGGACCGAUAAUGGGACCUUUAACUUGUCCGAGGGGUAUUCUCCACAGACAGACACAUCUGAUGAUUUUGACCGACCUAGUGAUCAUGAAGAAGCUUUCGCUAGAGAUCUUUUAGAAUUCCCUUCUUUAGAAAAUGGUGCCGGAACAAAUGAUGAUGAUGACUCAAGCAUCGGAAUGCCCAUCCAUCAAAAACGAAGAAAAGAGCAAACAGAUUUCAAGGUGGAUCACGCUUCCAGACAGAGUAAAGAGAGACCACCCACUGCAGGGUUGUCCUUGCCUUUGACCAGUGACCAAACCUUUAAUUUAAUGAGUGGAAUUGCUGGUGAUGUCAUCACAGCCGCGGUGUCUGCUGCCAUCAAAGAGCAGUUGCAGUCCACACUGCAAGCUCCCUCACAUGCAGCACCCAGUUUGAGCGAGGAGACAGACACAGAGGAAGCUGAUGAUUUUGAACUGCUUGACCAGUCUGAGCUAGAGCAGAUUGAGAAAGAAUUGGGACUUUCACAAGGCCAAGAAGCUGAAUCCCAGGAAAAGAAAAAGUCUUCAGGCUUUCUUUCAAAUCUGCUUGGAAGUCAUUAACCUGGUAACAUAGAAGAAAUUAAACAUAAAACACAAAAAAAAUCAUCAAAUGCAAAAAAAAAAAAAAAA